AUGCAUUCUCCAAAGGAGGAGCAGGGCAACCCUCUGAAAAGAAGAUUCAGUGAGAUAAACUCAGACCCACCUGAUAUGAUGGUUUUAGACAAUAAUGAUCCUGCUAAGGAAGACCCUUCUUCACCUUCAAAUCCGAAGGACUUGAACCCCAGAGGGUAUCAAUUGGAGGUGUAUGAAGUUGCAAAGAAGAGAAACAUAAUAGCAGUGUUGGAUACCGGCGGAGGGAAGACAAUGAUAGCUGUGAUGCUCAUUAAAGAUUUUGGUCAAGCUAUCGGGUCCUUUGACAACAAAAAGUUGAUUAUUUUCUUGGCUCCCACUGUUCAUCUAGUUAAUCAGCAAUUUGAAUAUAUAAAAGUUCAUACAAAUCUGGAAGUUGAACAGUAUUAUGGAGCUAAGGGAGUUGACGAAUGGAACGCGGGUUGUUGGGAGAAAGAAAUAAAGGAGCAUGAUGUUCUUGUUAUGACACCCCAGAUUCUACUGGAUGCCUUGAGGAAGGCAUUCUUGAGUCUGGAGAUGGUGUCCUUAAUGAUAAUAGAUGAGUGCCACCGUGCUACUGGCAACCAUCCUUAUACAAAAAUAAUGAAGGAAUUUUAUCACAAAUCUAAUAACAAGCCAAAGAUUUUUGGAAUGACAGCAUCACCUGUCAUUAGCAAAGGUGUUUCAUCCAGCAGUGAUUGUGAGGCUCAAAUAUCAGAACUUGAAAGUGUUUUGGAUUGCUUGAUAUAUACUAUUCAAGACAGGACAGAGAUGGAAGCAUAUGUUCCUUCUGCAAAAGAAAGUUGUAGGUUUUAUGAUCCAACACAAUUCUCUAGUUUGGAUUUGAAAGCAAUGGUAGAAGCCUAUUGGUUAAAGACAGAUGCUUCAUUGUCAAAGUUACAAGGCUCACCACAAACUUCUUUUAAAGACAUGGAUGAUAAGUUUAAGACACUACGAAAGCGAUUAUCAAACGACCAUGCUAAGAUUCUGCAUUGCCUUGACAAUCUUGGUCUCAUAUGUGCGUAUGAGGCUGUUAAAGUCUGUCUGGAGAAUAUCCCUGACUCCAAAGAGGAGUGUGAAACAUAUAAAGAAAGCAUGUUGCAGUGUAAAAAUUUCCUUGAGGAAGUGCUACGUAUAAUUGGGGAGUCUCAUCCCCUUGGUGUUGAAAAUUUUCUGAAUUCUGGGUUUGACUAUUUAAAGGCAGUAGAUCUUGGCUAUAUAUCUCCAAAACUGCAUGAACUACUUCAACUUUUCCAAUCAUUUGGAGAAACUAGAGAAAUAUUGUGCCUCAUUUUUGUUGAAAGAAUUGUUACUGCCAAAGUAAUUGAAAGAUUUGUGAAGAAAGUAACCUAUUUGUCACAUUUCACGGUUUCAUAUUUGACUGGAAGUAACACAUCAGUUGAUUCCCUGGCACCAAAAAUGCAAAAGGAAACCUUGGAUUCAUUUCGAUCUGGGAAGGUGAAUCUAUUAUUUGCUACUGAUGUGGUUGAGGAGGGAAUCCAUGUUCCAAACUGCUCCUGUGUGAUACGUUUUGACCUGCCCAAGACAGUCCGGAGUUAUGUACAAUCUCGAGGAAGAGCUAGGCGGAGUAAUUCCCAAUUCAUCAUGAUGCUUGAGAGGGGAAAUGUCAAACAAAGAAAUCAACUAUAUGAUAUAAUCAGGAGUGAAUAUUCAGUGACAAAUACAGCUAUUAACAGAGACCCUGAUCUAUGCCUUCUCAAAAAUCCUACAGUCAAAGAAACGAAUGUUUAUAUUGUGGAUGCUACUGGAGCUUCAGUUACUGCAGAUUCUGCUAUUAGCCUUCUGCAACGAUAUUGUGAAAAGCUCCCUGGUGAUAAGUAUUACGUGCCAAAGCCAAGUUUCCAGUUAACAUUUUCUGGAGGGUUAUACGAGUGUAAAUUAUCAUUACCUGUUAAUGCAGCCUUGCAAACAAUUGUUGGUCCUCUAUCUAGGAAUUCUCAUUUAGCAAAGCAGCUUGUCUGCUUGGAAGCAUGUAAACAGCUUCAUCAAAUGGGCGCAUUGGAUGAUCAUCUUCUUCCAACCAUUGAAGAGCCUUCACAAAAUCAUUGUAUUGCUAAAGGAAAAGAUUCAGGUUCAGGUGCAGGAACUACAAAACGGAAGGAACUGCAUGGAACAACUUGCAUUCGUGCAGUAUCUGGAAGCUGGGGAGAAAAACCUGAUGCUGCUGUUUUCUUUGCCUAUAAAUUUAACUUCUCCUGCAAUAUCAUUAACGUGGUUUAUUCUGGAUUUGUUCUUCUAAUUGAAUCGAAGCUUGCUGAUGAUGUGGGGAAUAUUGAAUUGGAUCUGUACUUGAUUCGAAAGAUGGUUAAGACUUGUGUCUCUUUGUGUGGGCAAGUGCAUUUGGAUGCAGACCAGAUGAUGAAAGCAAAGCGCUUUCAGGAAUUUUUCUUUAAUGGCUUGUUUGGGAGGUUAUUUGUUGGUUCUAAAUCAUCUGGAACACCAAGAGAAUUUCUACUUCAGAAUAAAACAAGCUCUUUGUGGAGUCCCUCCAACAUGUAUUUGCUUCUACCCCUUGAGGACAGUUUAAGCAAUGAAUUGAGAAUAAAUUGGCCAGGGGUAACAGCGUGUACAUUUGCUGUAGAAUUUUUAAAUAAAAGUUCUUUGUUAGGCACUGAGCAAUCCGAUGGUGAUGGAGGCAAUCCAUCAUUGAACCGGACUGGUUCAUCUGUGACAGAAUGCAAGGAGACCAAUAUAAUCCACUUUGCUAACUGUUCAGUUGAUGUUAACAAUCUUAGGAAUAUGGUAGUAGUAGCUAUUCAUACUGGAAGAAUCUACUCCAUCCUUGAAUUUGUGAGCAAUACAUCUGCUGACAGUUCUUUCAAUGAAAUUGUUGAUUCUGUCUCAUCAGAGUUUGCUACCUUCUCUGAAUACUUCCACAAAAAGUAUGGGAUCGUGCUUAAACAUCCAGGACAGCCUUUGUUGCUGUUGAAGCAGAGUCAUAACCCACACAACCUGCUUGUGAAUUUCAGUGAUGAAGGUGUUUCAGCUAAGGCAUCGCAAGCUGGUUUGGUUAAUGAAAAGCCACGGAAUCAUGUCCACAUGCCCCCUGAGCUUUUACUUGUCUUUGAUGUUCCAAUAGAUGUUCUUAAAGCAUUUUACUUGCUACCAUCAUUGAUGCACCGGCUGGAGUCCUUAAUGUUGGCUAGCCAACUUAGAGAAGAGAUCAACUUUCAUUCUGGCAACUUCGAUAUACCAAGCUCAUUGAUCCUGGAAGCACUAACAACACCUAGAUGUUGUGAAAGUUUUUCCAUGGAGAGGCUGGAAUUGCUUGGGGAUUCAGUUCUAAAGUAUGCUGUGAGCUGCCACCUCUUUCUUAAAUAUCCCAAAAACCAUGAAGGACAAUUAUCUGCCAAGCGAUCAUGGGCAGUUUGUAAUUCUACCCUGCAUAAGUUGGGAACUGACUGCAGAUUACAGGGAUACAUUAGAGACAGUGCUUUUGAUCCCCGUCGUUGGGUAGCUCCAGGGCAACUAUCUCUUCGCCCUGUUCCUUGUAAGUGUGGGGUGGACUCUCUAGAAAUUCCUUUAGAUAAAAAAUUUCAGUCUGAAGACCCAAAAGUUAAGGUUGGUAAAUCCUGUGAUAGAGGCCAUCGAUGGAUGUGUUCAAAAACCAUAUCGGAUUGUGUUGAAGCUCUCAUAGGAGCAUACUACAUUAGUGGUGGACUCAUUGCUGCCCUUCAUAUGAUGAAGUGGCUUGGUAUUGAUGCUGAACUUGAUCCCGCUUUGGUAGUUGAAGCUAUUAGAUGUGCAUCGGUACAAACCUAUGUCCCCACUGAUGAAAUCCACAUUAUAGAGUUCAAAAUGGGCUACAGUUUUUCUUCUAAGUUUUUCUUGCAGGAGGCCUUGACACAUGCAUCUGUGGGUGAGUUCUACUGUUACCAGAGGCUUGAAUUUCUUGGUGAUUCUGUGUUGGACUUGCUGAUCACCCAAUAUCUCUACCACAAUCACACUAAUAUAGAUCCAGGAGAAUUGACCGACCUGCGCUCAGCUUCGGUUAAUAAUGAAAGUUUUGCUCAAGUUGCUGUGCGUCAUGACCUUCAUAAGCAUCUUCAACAUUGUUCAACUUUAUUAUCAAGCCAAAUAAGUGAGUAUGUACAGUCCUUCCCGGAAUCUCAUGACACCAUCAGAUCAGGUCCAGGCAUAAAAGGUCCCAAGGCUCUUGGAGACGUGGUUGAAAGUAUUGUUGGGGCAAUUUUGAUCGAUACCAAUCUCAAUCUCGAUGAAGUCUGGAGAAUUGUUGAACCACUGUUAUCCCCAAUUGUGACCCCUGAUAAGCUUGAGCUGCCUCCACUUAGGGAACUGAAUGAACUAUGUGACUCUCUAGGAUAUUUUAUUAAGGAAAAAUGUAUCUAUAAUGGGGAAAUUGUGCAUGCCAAGCUUCAAUUACAGCUGGAUGAUAUUUUAUUGAUUGGAGAGGGGUUUGAUCGAAGCAGAAAAGUAGCAAAAGGAAAAGCGGCUUCAUAUUUGUUGAAGGAACUUGAGAACAGGGGAAUCUCCCGCAAGAGAAGGAAACAGGGCUGUGCAGAUUCAACUCAAACCACUGAUGAUGAUUCAUUAGAGCCAACAAAUCAUAAGAGGCAGAGGAGAGCCAAAAUUCAAUUGCUUGAAGAUUCAACUACAGUUCCUUCCCCAACUUAUGAUUCUUCAAAGAGAGCAUGCAGUACUGCCCCUCCCACCCCAGUAAUUGCAACAAUAAACACAAAGAAAGGAGGACCUAGGACUGCUCUUUUUGAGCUUUGUAAGAAACUGCUAUGGCCUAUGCCUACAUUCACAGCAACUGAACACAAAUCAAGUACUCCUGUGGAAAUUGGUGAAGGUACUGAAAGGAAAAAGGGGUUUAUCAGCUUUGUAUCAAAUAUCACCUUGAAUAUACCGAGAUUCGGCACUAUUGAAUGCACUGGAGAUGGAAGGGCUGACAAAAAAAGUUCAUUGGAUUCUGCAGCACUGGUUAUGCUUUAUGAACUUGAACAGCAGGGGAAGCUCAUCAUUGGUGAAUCCUAACAAGUCUACCAGCUUUCUGGUUCAAGAUAUAGAGAA